AUGGUGAAGCUGAUGGCGGAGCUGACUGAGCAGGCGACACAGUACACCAAUGCUGUGCAGGACCGCGAGCUGGACCUUCACAGAUAUAAAAUUCCUGUCAUUGAAAAUCCAGGUGCUACCUUAGACAAGUUUGAUGCUAUUGACUUUUCUGACAAUGCGAUCAGGAAACUGGAUGGUUUUCCUUUAUUGAGAAGACUGAAAACAUUACUAGUGAACAACAACAGAAUGUGCCCUACAGGUGAGGGACUUGAUCAGGCUCUUCCCUGUCUGACAGAGCUCAUCCUCACCAACAACUGUCUAGUGGAACUGGGUGAUCUGGAUCCUUUGGCAUCUCUCAAGUCACUGACAUAUCUAAGCAUCCUAAGAAAUCCUGUAACAAAUAAGAAGCAUUACCAAAUUUACGUCAUCCAUAAAGUCUCACAAGUCAGAGUACUGGACUUCCAGAAAGUGAAACUAAAAGAGCGUCAGGAAGCAGAGAAAAUAUUCAAGGGCAAACGGGGUGGUGCACAGCUUGCAAAGGACAUUGCCAGCAGAAACAAAACUUUUAACCCAGGUGCUGGUUUGCCAACUGACAAAAAGGAAGGUGGGCCAUCUGCAGGGGAUGGAGAAGCCAUCAAGGAUGCCACUGCAAACUCGACGACGUUGGCUGAGGUGGAGAGGCUGAAGGGCUUGCUACAGUCCGGCCAGAUACCUGGCAGAAAGCCCAGAUCAGGACCAAGUGAUGCUGGCGAAGAAGAGAUGGAAGAAGACACAGUCACAAGUGAGUCCUGAGCUCUGUAGCAGAGGCUCUCUAGAGAGGUCUCACUUUUUUGAGCAUGGAGUAACAGCCUUGCUUGUAUGAGCCACAUAGAAUCUGUCAGCAUUGCUGAAUGCUCAGAACUACUGCUGAUAAUCUUUUAAAUGAACCU